ACCCCUCCAUUGUAUUUCAUUUUCAUUUUCAUUUUCAUUUCUCUCUGCUUCGCAUCCCUCCGCACUUCCGCUGCUACUUUCUCCCGCCGCCGGCGAUUGCUUGAGAUGAAAAGAUCAUAUCUACUUCGAUUCUUAUCUGAGUGUGCUGGAGAAGAUGCAUUCAGGGCUAAGAUAGAACUUCUAUCGAAGUCUCCCCAGUUGUAUAAGCAGUGAAAACUGUGCGAGCUGAUGAGAAGAAGAUGCUCUCACAAAGUUUUGGGUUUCUAUCACCAUGCCUCAAGCACCGUUGCUUUAAGCUUCGCUUCCAGACCUUCUCAGCUUUCUUCUCUAUCUCUAGUAGUAAGCCAGAAAGUCAUAGCUCCAAGAAGGAACCAUUAAUGGCAGAAGAGGCUGCAGCAAGAGCAGAGGCUUACCGUCAACUUGAGAACCUUGAUUUCAAAUCUGCUGCUAAGAUUCUUUUCACAACACCUCCCAAAAGGAAAAAGUUUGGGCUCGACUUCCAUCUUGUGCAGCUAUUCUUUGCAUGCCUGCCUUCUUUUGCGGUUUAUUUGGUGGCUCAGUAUGCACGCUCUGAAAUAAGAAGAAUGGAAGCUGAAGCAGAACAGAAAAAAAAACUAGCUGAUGAAGAAGAUAAAACGAAAAUUACAGAAUUGACUCCCACAAAAGAUUUAUCAAACAAUGAGCUAUCAGAGGUGAAGAUUAGACUUGAUGCUUUGGAAGAAGCUGUGAAAGAGAUUGUUGAUGAGAGAAAAAAAAUCACUGAUAGUAAACCCAACAGUAACAGAAAAGCUGGAAAUGAGAAGGUAGAAUCUGCUGAUAAGAAUUCUGAAAAUCGAAAUAAAGCAAAGGAUUAUGGAGGCUCGAGUGCUACUAUUACUCCGAGUAGUGAAAUGCGACCUAAAGAUGCAGAUACUGCAGGAGGCUAGAGUACAGCGGCUAAGAAAUGAAACAACAUGGAAGACGGAGAGUUCACUUCCAUCUACAU